UCGCUGUCAUUUUGAAUGUCACGAUUUUCUGUGUGCGAUUGUCUUAAUUGAUGUCCUAUAAAAUAUGGUUAUUGAAAGAGUUCACUUGUAGACCGCUUUGAUUAGCCUUGAAAGAAAAAAUCUAGUACUUUAUUGAGUAGAUUGAUUAUUUAUUGUGCGUAAAAAUGUCGAAGGAGAAAGCUGAAACUAAUGGUGAUUGUACAGCGGUCGUAGAGCAAACAAAUGAAAAACGAAUUGGUUGCACUCAUUACAAACGAAGAGCUAAGUUUGUGACGCCAUGCUGCAACAAGUUCUAUAUGUGCCGUUACUGCCAUGAUGAGAAGGAACAGCACUACUUCAACCGCAAAUCGGUGACGGAACUUAUCUGUACGGAGUGCGAUACAAGACAGAAGGUGCAAGCAGAGUGUGAGAACUGUGGUGUCAGGUUUGGAAAGUACACUUGUUUGAUCUGCAACUUGUUUGAUGAUGAGGAUAAGCGUCAAUACCACUGCGAAGGAUGCGGUAUCUGUCGUGUUGGCGGUCGCGACCGGUUCUUCCACUGCGAGCGCUGCAACAUGUGCCUUCCUGUACAGCUGCAGAGAGAUGGACACAGGUGCGUUGAGAAUGUGUCCCGGUCAAAUUGCCCGGUGUGCCUGGAGGAUAUCCACACGUCUCGCAUCCCGUGCCACAUCCCCGACUGCGGACACUUGCUACACCGACCCUGCUUCGAGCAGCUGCUGCAUUCAGGACACUACGCCUGCCCAACAUGCCAGACUAGCAUGAUUGAUAUGUCCAAUCUGUGGACGUACCUGGACUCUGAAGUGGCUGCGACUCCAAUGCCACCAGAGUAUGCGGACUACAAGGCAACUAUACUCUGCAAGGACUGUCACAAGCUGUCGACGGUGAAGUUCCACGUGGUGGGUCUGAAGUGCCAACAUUGCGGCGCCUACAAUACUUGUCAGACCAAUGGCUUCCACAAGGAAUCUGGCAGCUCGGAGACAGCUGAGCCUUCUGCCUCCUCCACAUCCGCGGCGCCCCCAUCACCUCCAGCCUCCACCACCUCCGCCUCCGCCAGCUCCAGCACUGGCGAUUGCUCGCUGCCGCGCGCCUCACCGCUGGACGAGCCGCCGCAAGCCUGACGCGACACAAUCAGUGACAUCUAGCAGCAACACUGUUUAACAGCGCCAUCUAUUUACAAUUUAACAACUAAAACUUCUGUCGGCGCCAUCUAUUUUCAAAUUUACAACUAAAACUACUGUCAGCGCCAUCGAUUUUCAACAACAACUAAAACUACUGUCAGCGCCAUCUAGUUGCCAUUGACAUAACGUGAAAAAUAGUAUGCAAUAGCUGAUAAUGAGUGGAAUAUAAUCUUGUAAAUAAUAUUAACAAGAGAAGAUAUCGUCAGUCUCUAACGCAGUGUUUCCCAAAGUG